GCGGCGCUUGCGCAUGUCUCGCAGCCAACUUCGCAUCGUAGCAAUUGUUUACGGACAGAAAACGUUAUGUUUUGAGUGCACUAAAAGUAUUUCUUUCCUAUUUAAUUGAGUGUUUGUGAUAAAAAUGUGUGAAUCUGAUGCAUUUUGGAUAUUUUUGAUGUCGUAUUUGUGCUGUAGUGUUUAUGGUGUAGUGUAAAAGUUACAACGAGUGUACGAAGUGGGGUUAUACAUUCAAUGCAAAUUCUAAAUUGGAAACCAGGAUUAUUUUAUAAUCAUAAAUGAACUGCCUACAUGAAAUUAACUUUUUAACAUAGUGUAACUACAAGGAAUACGAAAAGAUUGUGCAAAUGGGAACAGCUCAGACAGCCGUGGACUAGCGCUGCAGCCCUACCUACACCAGCCAGCACUCGGCCGACCGACGGCGCCCCGAGUGAACGUAAGGAAGCGGCUCACGUAACUAUUGUUAGUGAAUAGCGUGCGAGUAGUCGAUCGUGACGUGCGAUGCCCAGGGACAUCUCUCCCCCCGCCGGGCUAUGGAGACCCUCCUCGAUAAGUUCAAGAGGGAACAGGGGGGGCUCCGCCGCUCCCGGUCCGUCCGCGCCUCCCUCCGCCUGAUAGGAACCCGCUGGCGGCCGGCCAAGGAGGAGGAGCAGGGGCAGGAGGUGAUCUUCACGGCGCCCAUCUUCAGCGCCGAUAAGGACUACGACGCCUACAAGGGCAUAGAAGGCACGUACAAAGCGAAGACGCCGGUCAUGGCGAAACGAAAACCGGAGGUCAAACCGAGGAAGAAGAGUGGGGAUAUAGACCUCGCCCUGAAACCCCAGCGGCACAGACGAGCGGAGAAGUCGAAAUUCAGUGAUCUGUUCAAUAAAAAUAAGAAGAGCGUAUCGGCGAAGGAGCUGCUCAUCCCGGACAAGAUACCGCCGAAAGCGGCGGCCAUCUUGCACAUCAACUCCCCGGAUCUCAAAGGGAAGAAGUUAAAGAGUGUAUGCGGCGACACCAGGGGCGCGGACAUAAGGCCGAGCCGCACGCGCCGCGGCUCCGAGAGCGACAUGUGCGCGUCGGAGGCUCGCGGGUGCGUUAAUCCCGCCUUCGUGUACAGCACCCCGCCCAAGGACAGGAAAAUACCGCUGUCGCCCACCGCUUACUUGAAGCUCCAGUACGGCGCUCUCCUCGAGGGGUGCGGGGGGGAGCUGCCAUCGCUGAGCGCGUGCGCCCCCCUCCCCCACGACAAGACGCGCCGCCAGAAGGACGUGCGACACCAGGACAAAGUCGCACAAGUUAACAUUCAUUUGCAUGCGCUCUUCGCUGCCGUCGAACAUGGGUACCUGGAUAAAGCAAGGAACAUCUUGGAGUCAACCGAUGUCGAUAUCAACAGCCUCAACCCUGACGGCCUGUCGCCGCUGGACGUGGCGGUGCUGGCCGGUAACCGCCCGCUCGCCAAGAUGCUCAUGGAGUUCGGCGCCAAAGAGGGCUCGCAUUUCAAGAACCCCGAAGCCCUGGGUGCGCACCUGCGUCGGUUGUCGCGCGAGGCGGAGGCGCGUCUGCACGAUGUCGUUGGCUUCGUCCCCGAUAAGGCGUGCAGAGAUGAGGCUUGCAAAUCAACAGCCGGUCAGGCGGGCACGCUGGGGUGCGCGGGCGGCACCGGCUCGGAGAAAGACAAGCAGGUGCAGCACUGGGAGAGGCGGAUACGGACACUCAAACGCUUGCUAACGGGGUGGCAGCAGGCGCGGCCGCCGGCGGCGCUCGCCCCGCCCGAGCUUGAGGUGUGUGGCGCCCACGCCGUCGCCGUCCGCCUGCGGACCGCCGCCGCCCAGCAGCUGCCCAUCAUCACCAAGUACCUGGUGGAAUGGUCAUCCCGGGCGGACUUCUCCAACGUGUGCGGUUCCCGGGAGGCGCACGCGGGAGCGUCGCGCGUGCACGUGACGGGGCUGACACGCGGCCGGCGGUACUGGUUCCGCGCCGCCGCCGGCAACGUCAAGGGCUGGGGGCCGUACACCGUCGCCGUGCCGCGCAGUGUCGUGCCCAGCAGUUGGCGCGACGUAUCAGCGACACGUCGCGGUCGCGGCGCGACUGGCGGCGCGGCGGCGGCGCUCGAGGCGCUGAGUGUAGCCGCUGCGGGCGCGCGCUCCCGCCCCGCGCCCCCGCGCCUGCCCCGCAAGAAAACCACCAUACGACAGCUGUUUACCGCCGCUAGCAAGUUCCAGAAGAAUCUACGCAGGGGCGUAUACCUAGCGUGUAUAGUGUACCACGAGGACAAGGUGCUGGUGACGAGCGAGGAGUUCCUGCCCGUGAUAGAGGUGGACGAGACCUACCCCGCCUGCAUAUACACCGACUUCCAUUGGCUCAUGAAGGUGUCGUGCUCGUGGGACGAGGUGAAGGCGCUGCGGUGCGACAUGGAGAAGCACACCUCCUCCUCCAUCCACUUUCGCCUGAAGCUGCUGACCGCGGCCGCGCAGAUGCAGUCCGCGCUGGGCCUGCAGGACCUGGGUCAACUGUAUCACAAACCGCUGCGCGACGCUCACGGCACCGUGGUCCUAUCCUGCGUCAGCGUCGUCAAGUCAGCUAAAGCGGUCUCCGUGUUGAAUUCCCGCUGGGUUCCCGUCGCCAAGCUCCGCCGGCGCGUGCUCAGCGAGGACAACACCAUGGGCGAGCUACUGAUGGCGAGCGUGCAUGAGCAGAUAGCUUAUCACCAGGUGUGCGGCGUGGUGCUGCCGCGCGGGCUGUACGCGGGCUACCUGAAGCUGCAGUCGUCGGUGGAGGUGGUCCGCAUCGUGGCGCCGGCGCGCGCGCCCAACGUCCCGCCCCACGUCCGCGUCAGGGACAACCCCCACGUCUCCGCUGAGGAAUGGGAGUAUCUCAAGUCUCUAUCGGGAAAACUAAGCGGAGAUGAGCUCCAAUCGCUAAACAGCCUCGUGCCGACCACCACCGACGACAAACCCUCGGAAUCUCAGGAGAUGUUUCUGGAACAGAUCGCCUCCGCCGCGCGCCGCCUCUUCAAGGACAUGGAGAUACCAACAGAAAGCGCCAACGCCCACCGAUUAUACGAUCUCGAGGUCAUAGAACUGAAUACCGACGUCAGCUUCAUAAUGAUAUGUCCGCCCGCCGAGCAGGCAUGCUCCGUGCCCGGCCAGAAAGAAAUCCUCCUGCAGAAGGGAGACCUGCUCAGUCUUCCCAUUCAGGCGUUCGAAAUGAUCCACCUGCAAACCUACCAUACCAAUAUCCUAAAUAAAUACUCCAAGUUGAGCUGCGUUCUGGAGCUGGACGUCGCGUUAGCCGCCCACUCGCAACGAGAGGCCUUCUCGUGCACCGAACUGGCGACCGCCAAGGAGAGGCUGACGAAAUUAGAAGAUCUCCAGAAUAAUCUAAAUCUCGUUUGGAAGGCGGAACGGUGGCUCAUGGAUCUCAUAGGGUUCGCUAGAGAUAAGGAAAAAUCCGGCCACUCCUCUGGAAUUUUGCUCAAAUAUGUACUCGAUAAGACGCCGUCCAAAUCCGAUAUCUGCGAAUGCGAGAGCGACGGGAGCGUUAAGAUAGAUUUGCUCCAAAUUCCGCCCAGAGACGGGAAGAUCACGAAGACCUCGCCUGGAAGAGGCUCGUGGCCCGGCCCGGCCGGAAACGGAAACCACGCGAAUUUGCAUCCCGAGCUCAGCAAAUCCGAGCAGCAGCUCAGUCUGGCGCCGCGACAGACGUCCGUCUCCACGCUCAAUCUAAGUUCGUCCCAGUACCUGAAUACGGAGCUCAAGUUCCCCAGAAAGGGGAGCGCCGACUCUCAAUACACGCAGUCCAGCGUCAGCAAUAAUUUCCUCGGCAGCAGCUCGCAGUUCGACAAAUCUUCCGCCUCCAGCAUCAACAGCAAUCGUCUUCCACCCUCCCGAAGCGAGGACACGUUGGUCCUUCAAAACGUAAACGUGGAACCGAAGCCUCGACCGCACAGUAUUAACACCAGCGUCUCCACUUCUUCCAGCCCCCUGCUCACCGUCAAAAACUUUUACCCCGGUAGUAUGAUAAGCGUCCGAACCGUCAAAGGCAACGCCGAGUCCGUUCAGAGUCUGUCCAGCGAUUCCGAAAGCCAAAGUUGUCCCAUAAAAAUCCGUCCGCAGAACAGAGUUGUGAUAUCGUCGAAGAGUAUGACUAACGUCAAGACAUCCGACGUAGACUACACCGACACUGGACAGGAGUUGUUCCAGAAGGGUCACAGCGUGAAACGCCAGCCGCUUCUGGAGACGAACGAGGAUGAGUACAAGAAGGUUCCAAAGACUGAUGAAGAUAACAGUAUUAAAGAGCAACGGACUGAGCCGGCGGGUAUUCUGCAGGUAUUCGCAGCGUACGAGACGGGGCUAGCAGCGGGCACGUCUCUCAAGUUACAUGUCACCCCACGAACGUCAGCGAGGGAGGUCAUCGACCUAGUUGUCAAACAACUCAACAUGGCGGCCGUGUUGAAAGGCAAGAACGGCCCCGUGUACGGCCCCGAGAAACUCCAGGACUUCUGUCUAGUCGCUGUCAUUGGGGCUCGCGAGAGGUGUCUCCGAGAUGACUUCAGACCGCUCCAACUACAAAACCCCUGGAGAAAAGGGAGAUUGUAUGUUCGGCUGAAACAUGACGUGCUAGCCGCUUUGCAACACUCGGCAAAACAGCCCGCGUUUAUAUGAACCAUAGACAAAAUAUGGAAGGAAGUGUCAAAAUUAUGGAAUAUAAAGCCUGACCAUAAAAUGCAGCAAUACCUCAAAAGUAGGAAUUAAUGAUAUAAUCUCGAUGAUUUGGCAAAUAUAUAUAUUAAUUUAGUUAUGCGAAUUUACCGUAACCUAUAGUGUACCUAAUAGGUACCACCUAAAACAUAAGUUUUUUAGUUAAUUUAGAAGAAAAUAUAGAUCAAAGAAAUAAUUAUUUUAUUGCUAGUAAACCGUCUUAAACGACAUAGAGUUUUCGUUAAUAGCUUGCGCAGUACAUAACGUCUGUAGUUAAAAAAAUAGAAUUCUUAGAAAAAAAGCAAAAGUGAUUAUGUUAAAUCGAAAUAUUUUUAUACAACCCUUAAGACAUGGACAUAAUAUUUUAAAUACGUUUAUUUAAAGAAUGAGGCUUGAAUUACAUUAUUUUCAGUGCCAAUUUAUUUGUUGAUGCUUUAUAAUUAUUGUAACUACUUAGAGAUUUUACAGAAUUUAUGGUGCUUUUAUUGUUAAAGCUUAACAAUUACCAAAUAUAAAUGUAUUGAAAUAUCAUACUGGGGGCUAGAUGUUCUAAACCUAAUGUUUAACAUAGACGAUGAUUUUUUUUUUGUAUGUCUAUUAGUUCUAUUACCUACUUACAUUAAUUUAAUUUUAGCGGAUCUCAUAUGAGCUGUAUUUGUGUUGGAUUAAGCAUACCUAUAAAAAUACUCGUUAUUUUAGUACAUUGUGUGUGUUUAGCUCUUUUUCAACAUCUAGCCAUACCCGAACCCUGUAGAAAUUUUAAUAAAUGUCUAUGGUAUAAUAAUAUUAAAAACUUAUCGU